GAAUAUGAGCGAGUCACUCUCAAAAGUUACGACCUAUGAUAUUUUUAACACAUUCAUUCAAAGUCAUUAGUGUUAAACAAGUAGGAUGUGACUGCUCUGUGAUGCGGAAUGUUUUUUUCAGUGGUUUUAGUUCAGGAAAGCAGCAGCAGAUUGUGAUACGACAGCACAUGUGUCAGUCAUCGCAGUGUGAGGUUAGGUAGCCCAUGUUAGGUCAGACAGGCAGCAGGCUGCAGCUGAGCAGGGCUGCAGAGUACAUGCACACAUUGAAUGAAAGUCAGUAUAGCUUUGGACACCAGCAACUGAGAAUAUCUGCACAGAGUUAUCCUACAGUGUAGAGUAUAAAGGCUCCGGCUGAGAUACGCUUACACAUUGGCAAAAAAGACAGGUUGAAGAUAUUUGUGAAAGGGGAAGGACCGGGCUGUGUGGGGCGAUGCAGCGGGUCACGGCGCGGCUCGUCGCCGGGCUGGUCGCAGCGGUGCUGUCGCUGCUGGCACAGCAGUGUUGGGCGGAUGGCGGGGGCCCCAGCCUCGCUGAGCGGGUUAUCUGGGCUGUAAAUGCCGGAGGUGAAACCCAUGUAGACGUGCAUGGUAUUCACUUCAAAAAGGAUCCAUUGGAAGGGAAAAUUGGUAAAGCGUCUGAUUAUGGGGUGCGUCUUCCAAUCCUGCGCUCCAGUCCAGAGGACCAGAUUCUGUACCAGACAGAGCGCUACAAUGAGGACACUUUUGGAUAUGAUAUUCCCAUUCGUGAGGAAGGCGACUAUAUACUAGUUAUGAAGUAUGCAGAAGUUUACUUCGCUCAGUCACAGCAAAAGGUGUUUGACGUCCGCCUAAACGGCCACGUGGUGGUGAAGGACCUUGAUAUCUUUGAUCGAGUGGGUCACAGUACUGCACAUGAUGAGAUAGUGCCCUUCUCGAUUCGACGUGGCAAACUGAGCGUGCAGGGAGAGGUGUCCACUUUCAACGGCAAGCUCACUGUGGAGUUUGUAAAGGGUUAUUAUGACAACCCAAAGGUCUGCGCUCUCUAUGUAAUGAAGGGAACAUUAGAGGAUGUACCUAAACUUCAGCCUCACCCUGGCUUGGAGAAGCCUGAGGAAGAGGAGGAAGAAGAGGAAGAAACUGACGGAGGUGAGGAAGGUGGGAAGAAGAAGCUCCCACCAGGUUCCAAGUACAGGGUCCAGUCAGGACCCCGAACACCAAACCCAUACGCAGCCGACAACAGCAGCCUAAUGUUUCCCAUCCUAGUGGCGUUCGGGGUGUUCAUCCCCACUUUGUUCUGCCUCUGUCGGCUGUGAGUGAAACCUAGUCAGGAGGACAAGACGGACGUGAGACUAUGAAGAGAGAGAGGGAGAGAAGGGGGUGGGGUAGGGAGGGGGCUUGAGGGGACAACAGCAGCACAGGUAAAAGCAUACACACAGGAGAGAGCUCGAAGGCUUGGAGAAAAAAAAAUCACCAGGACGGAGGACAGAAAGACUAACUUUUUGGAAAGCCACCGCAGGAUGAAGCAAACGCUGCUGUCACUAUCAAAUUGUACCGCUGAGGAAAGAAAAGAAGAUGUAGGAAGUGUAUGCCGUGCACUUCUUUGUGAAUGUGUUUUCGCAUCCACCUCUGCUGACCCUUUCGAACAACGUUAGUCAUUUCCACUCAGACACUGGGCAGGGUUUACAGGUGCCAGUCCUCAAGGUCUGAAACCACAUUUCAGCAGCUAAGGGAUGCUCAGGAGUGAUCUGUCUGGGCCUGUUUUAUAAAACUAAAAGCAUUGUUUUGUACUGGGUGUAGCAAGGACGCACACUCUGUUUCACACUCCUGCUCAGCAUCCGGUCAGACAUUUUACCUUCAAAUUGGAAAUGGUGCUGCUCGGAAAUUGGUUAAAUAGAACAGAAACCAUGAGUCAGACGGUUAGUAGUGGAAAUACGGUUUCCAGUUGAGAGGCUCCCAUUUUUUCUCAACUUAGUUAGUCCUGCGUCGACGUGCCAUCGUCUACUUGCCAUAAGAUGCUGAAAUGAGACAGAAAUUGAUUUUUGAACCAGCCCCGUAGCUGGCGGGCUUAUUUGCUGUUUGCUGUCGACUUGCCUUUACAUAAAUAUAGGUUGAGUUUCACAAAUCUGCUCGUGACGUGUGGUAACGCAUAACACACUUGUUUGACAUCGUUCCACCAAAUACAGAUUCAGGGCCUUAAAAUUGUCCUCAACAGCGAUCACAAAUUGAAAGUCCUUUUUGAGAUUUUUUUUUUUUUUUUCUUUUUUCUUUUCCUUAAGGCCGGAUCCAUUUUAAAUUUCAUGACAUUAGAAGGCGAUAAUGUCGACCCCACAACGGUUAACCUUUAGUUUCUUUGAAUGAAAGACACCACAACCGCGUUUAGUGAGAGGCAAAGUUUAUGCUGUGAAAUGCUGAAAGCAAGUCAAGAUCUUUACAUCACUGUAUCUAAUGUGCUCGCUGCCUUUUCUACUCAUUCAUUAAUUAUGCAUGCCUGCCUUUUAGUUUCACCAAAGAAUGUCUUUUGUUUAUUUUGUAAGGAAAAGUAAAACUAUGUAGCCUGUUUUUAAUUUGACCCAUAGCUUGCAAAUUUACACUCUGUGAUGCCUCUGAGGCAAGUGUUUGAACCAGGUGGGCUGAAAAUUGAUUUAGAGAAAACAAGUGGCUAAACAAAGGGGGGGCAGUUGUAAUUGUUUAUUUCCUUGGCUUGUUUAUUUUUUUUAUUUUCUCGGGGUCAGAAAUGUUAUUUUUUUUCAAUUUAAAAUCGGAAUGCUGUGUUGACUGUGAUGGGCCGUAAACUGAGGGAACCGGCUGCUUCAGCUCCAUGUUAAUAUAAUAAAUCAUGAGAAUCUGCGCCAGUCACUGCACUUGUCUCGUACAUCCCCCAAAGUCGCUCAUCGUCUACCGCAAAAGUUCAUUCACUUGCAGCAAGAGACAAGAAAGCACAGCAUCAAUGUAAGUAGAAAACAGAGGUUUACUAAACGUUAAAGAUCAACAUUUAUUGAAUUCCCUUCAAGCUUCACUCGGCCUUUUCAAAUCUGUUGUCUUAAAACUUUUUUUUUAUGUUGAUUGUACCUUUUUUUUUUUCCCCCUGUGUGAAUUUUCAGUGCAAUUAAGCUACUUGUUCUGGUUCUUGAAUUGAUUUGAGCAAACAGUGUAAAUUUUUGUCUUUGAGUCUUUUUUUUUUUUUUUUUUGCUACAUGGCCACAUUAUCAGAGUCCACUUGGCUCUUGGACAAUAAUAUCCUUUUUUUUCGCUUUCCAUGCGGACUGAAAAGCAGCUUUGUUCCUCAUUUUUAGUCGAGUUGUGUCGUGAACCCUCCUAUUUAUGUAUCUAGUUACCUCCUUUAAGUGCUUAGCUCUCCUCCAAGGAUGAUUUUGUAACUUUGCCUGUUUCACUAAUGCGUCUUAAAUGUCCUCCCAACCCACCCGCCCCCCCUGCUAGUAUUGCUGUCGCCAUAUGCAGUACUUGAAAACGGUUAAUAAUUCAGGUGUUGUGGAUCCUCCUCACUCCUCGAUUCUCCUUCCCAUUUUGAUUGAUUUAUGGUGUGUAAGAAGUUAGUGCCAGAAAAUAUUUGGCCAGUUGUUGACGGUUUUUUGGGGUUGAUUUUCUUUUCUUUCUUAAGUUGUAAACUCAACUCAUAUUUAAGACAUAUAAGCACCUUUUUUUUUUUUUUUCCUCGGAAAGGAUGCAAAAACUUCAAGUAAUUCAGCACCAAAGUCACCGUGUUCUGUUCCUCUGCAAGUCUACACAGCUGCGUGUGUAUAUAAGGUACAAGAUCACACUUUUUUAUCGUGUGACAUCAGUUCUGUUCUCAUCACUUUUUGUGUUGUAGCUGAGGUGUUAGGGUUUUUCAAAUUUUCUCUUGAGGAAGACUUUGUGGCCUUUCUUCUGGGGAGGAACGGUUGUUGGUACAGAGUAUAAAGCCGGAUAAAGUAUCAGAAAGUCAAAUAAAUGAGAUUGUGUCUGAAAAUGUGGGAUCUUCCAAUCUAUUAUAUAUAAUUUAAAUCAGAGUGGGGCUGAUCUGGAGAUAUUUUAUAAUACGCUUGGAUUUGUAUGUUUGAAUUUUUUCCUCAGGAUCUGUUUUGUUUUGAAUUUUUAAACGUGAUAUUUUAUUGGUGUGACAUUUUGCACUGCCUCAUGUAUUUUUAAAAUUAUGUCAUUUUUGUGUGUUUGUCUUUGUUGCCUUGAAUUAUUGAAUACAUUGUGCUUUACCAUCA